AUGUCCCUCUUCACUGAUACUGAUUUAGCAGCUUAUGCCUCAUUAUUUAUCCUAAUCUACACACUAUCAGACGCCGGGGUCUUCCUCUUCAACGUUUUCUUCCUCGUCGCACGCUCGAGCGUGUACUUCCCCUUCGCCUUUCACUUCUCCAAGCUCGCGCUACCCCUCUUCAAGCUUCUCGUAGCCAGGAUGGAUUACAAGGCGAGGGACAUACUUUCGGUGCUGAAGAACGUCAACCUUUCGGUUGAUGCCAAGGUGACCCAUCUCCUUGGCUUGAAGUCCGACAUCAAGCAAAAGAAUGUUCCGGAGAAGGCUGUGCCUGUGAUCUUUGAGUGCUUGCGACAUGCAAUAGCCUCACCCUUCCACGCCCUUUACUCGGCCGGGUUUUCGACGCUCGGCCAUUUCUUGAAACGGCUGUAUAUUCAAGAACACCACCAACUGGUCGCCGCCAUGUCCGACCGGAUACUCCCCACUCUCGUUGAUCGUAUGGGUGACAACAAGGACCGUAUCAGACAGCAGACUACCCAUGCCCUGGCCGACUUGUGGGAGGGUGCGGGCCCCCAAAUUGAGAAUCUUGUACUCAGCGUUGGCUUCCAGGGAAAGAACCCUUUUCAGAAACAGACUUGUCUCAAUUUGCUAUCCAUUGCGUUUACACGUUCAGAAAUUACUGCCGCUUAUGCAGAAGCUACCGCCAAAGAGUAUCUACCACAGAUUAUCAGUUUUGUCGAAGAUGCCGAUCCGACUGUCCGCCAAGGGGCGAGAGCACUACUCGUACAGAUGUUCAUCGGCGAACGUGACUCUAGCAAACACGAAUUGAAGAGAGCACUUGAACAAUACAAGGUUAGGCCGUCGCAUGCGAGGGAGAUCCUUGCUGGUAUCGGUCUUGACCCGGAACUUUAUGACGAGAGCCACUCUUCACGCCAACAUUCAAUCCAGCAAAGGGCGCCCUCCCGAGCUGCCACCGCCUCUCGCGCGCCAUCGCGCGCCGGCAUUUCGCGUGCUCCUUCGCGGGCCGCCAUUUCGCGGGCUGCUUCACGAGCCGAUAUUUCGCGUGCUCCGUCACGAGCUGAUACGUUUGAUGAGCGUUCCGGAUCGACCACUACUCAUGUAGAUUCUAGCUCUGCUGCCGACGAUGGCGCUCCUGUGCUGCAUCACCCCAAGCCGGUCCGAACAUCUCCCGUCACUGGCGGCAUGAUUGCUGCAUCGGAUAAUCGAAUUGCCGUUACAGAUUCUAUUCCCGCCAACGAUUUUGAUUCCCCGAAGCAGAAGAACACCUUGAGAACCAACGCAAGCAAAGCAUCUGGAAUGGUGAACGCUCCGGCUGGCCACGCAGCUGCUCCUUCAGCCCUUGGACAUGCCGUUGAGAAAGCUAAACGCGCUGUUGAGCCUCUUGAUAUUGAGCCUUAUGAUCUCAGCUCUUCUCAGGAACUUGAUCGGCUACAGGCUACCAUGGCUCCUUGGUUUGAGGGCAGAGAGACUGAAAUGAACUUCCAGAGGCGUGAAGAGUACACCAUCUUGAUCCGCCGAAUCACCCAUGGAAAUGCGCCACAGAGAUGGCCUACGGCAUACUUGGGUUUCGUCAAGAUGACGCUCCCUUUUGUCUUUAUUACGGCCAAUUCCGUUCGGACUUCUCUGCAAACCGCUGGGCUUCGGGCAGUUCAGUCCCUCGCCCGGGUCAACAAAGAACGACUCGACAGCUCUAUUCACAUCGUCUUGCAGAACGUCUUGAAACUCUGCGCAAACGCGAAGGGCAUUACUUCCCAAAACAGCAACUUGACCAUCGUCGCUAUACUCGAGAAUGUGACCUGCAAUCAACGCGUAUUAAACCAGAUUACGGGCGCCGCAAAGGAUAAGAAUCAGAACAUGCGGAUCUUCUCCGCGGGUUGGCUUGAAAUCAUCAUUGAUGGCCAAAAUCGCCACAAGACUCACGCCGAAGGCGUGAACAGCAUCGCCGCGUGCAUCCAGGAGGGCGUUGAGGAUGCGAAAGAAGACAUUCGGAGGGCUUACCGUCAUACCUUCUUCCGGUUUUCCAGCGUCUGGCCGGCGCGAGCUAAAAAGAUCUUGGACGCAGUUUCGCCAAAAACACAGAAAUUAAUUGAAAAGGACAUGCUAAAGAUGUCGGAGGAUCCGUUUGUUUCGAACUCGGGUUCCUCGGCGACGGGGCUAUUUAGCAGCACGCCAGCUCGUGCGGCCGCGAAGGGGGUGACUACUGAAAAAGGGAAGGCUAGUAUUGCUGUUCCUAAAGCCAUGUCGAGUCCCAAAUUGGCAUCACGCUCUACUCAACCUGUCACGACGAAGACCAAUACUCUACAGAAGAAGCCUACAUCAACCUUGUCAUCUGCACCCAUGCGACCAGGAGCGGCGAAACCGCGUCCAGCGACCGCGGCCGGAUUUCAACUGAAGAAAAAGGAGAACGAGAGUCCACGAAAAAAGCAGACCCCAAGCCGGGUUCCUGAACCAGGUUUGGAUACCCCAAUCACUCGUCGUCGCCAGAACAGCGACCCCACUCAAAAUGAGAGCCCGACGAAGAGUGGCUGGGUAGCGCAUGCCGCAGAUGACCAUCACAUCGGCCCAUUGACUAUUCCGAAAAGACGCUCAACCAGAGACACCGAAACACCUCGAGCAAAAGCCAGCAAGCAAGCAGAUAUCGAAGUAGAGAUGGACGACAAGAAUUACGAUGGGAGGGCCGAUGAGAUAGUCCAAGAGAAGGUGAAUGAGACGGUCUAUGAGACCGUCGAUGAGAUGGUUGAUGAAAGGGCCAACGAGAGGGUCGAUGAAUAUUUCGAUGAACAUGUCGAUGAACGGAUCGAUGAGAUGGUCCGUGAAAAGGUCGAUGAAAAGGUCGAUGAAGAGGUCGAUGAAAAGGUCGAUGAAAAGGUCGAUGAGAAGGUCGAUGAGAAGGUCGAUGAGAAGGCCGAUGAGAAGGUCGAUGAGAAAGUCGACGAGAAGGUUAAUGAGAAGGUUGAUAGUGCGGCCGAUGACAAUCUUCAGGAGGAAGUCGCCGAAAAACGGAGUAUGUCUUUGUCCGACGAGAUAAUUGCGUCGGCCCAACGGCCCAGUGAUGAGGUUAAGGAGCGUUCUUCGGAGGCGGAGAGGGCAUCUAUGGGAAAGGGAGGCAGCCCGCGACCUGAGCGCGAGUAUGUCGAUUCAACGAUUGUAUCGGAGUCUCCCCUUCCAAAGCGCGCUGUGUCCCUCUGGUCGCAGAAUUCGAUUAACGCACAUGGGAUCCUCUUGAAAGGAAUUGAGCGAAUUCAGACGAGAACUAUGGCGACAGAUGGAUACCGAAAGCUCCAGGGGCUGAUUCAGCAUCAUCCCGAUCUGUUCGCUGAUGAGGAGCAAUUUGCUGUGUUGUUGAUUGGUUUGCUUGACGAGUUGGCGGAACAGACUCCACCGAGCAAGAGUGUGUUAUCUUUGGGUACGGUGUCGGAUCACAAGACGCAGGUUUUGUUCACUGUGAAGUACAUGUUUGAGAACUUCAAGAAGUUUUUUGCGCCUCACUACCCUGGCACAGUUGUGGCAUUGUUGGAGGCAGAGAAGUCAGCGGAGAUGGGCGGUCACUUAAUCAAGGCCAUUGAAAACUUUAUUGAUGACAUUGUCAAUGCUUCCAGGGCACACUAUGAGAUCAUUGGCGCCGUCGUUACCCAUCUUGGUCCUGCUGUUCAGAAUGAGGCUGGCCCCACUGAGCACAGGAUGCUUCGAAAGGGCUUGGAUGUUAUCACACACGGCCUUACCAGCAUGAAGGAACGGGAAUGGGAACUUCCGCCUGAUCAGUUAGAGCGCCUCGGAGAAUUUGUGAGACAGGUGAUGACGCUUCCAUCGGUGGCCCUGAAGCGGAGGAUCUUCGCCCUUUGCAUUGCUCUGCGCGAGCUAGUGGACAACGAAGAGCGAUUCUGGGAACUUGUUGGAUCGAAGACAAAGGGUGUCGACGGCCUCCUAUUCUACUACCGGACGAGGCAGGAGGCCCAGGCUGCAUAG